UCUCUCCUUUCUCCUUUCUCUGAAAAGCGCAGCUCCGAUCACGAGCGACACCGAUGAAGAAAGCGCGCGCCUUUUCCGGCGAAAACUUCCGGGAAACCGAAUUGAAGCCAAAACCAGUUUCCACACUUCUACGACUCUACUUAUAGAGGAUUGUCUCUUCUACGACAGUCGAGACAUAUGAUGGUAUUAGAACCAUAGAAAAAGGAUGGUGCUUGUAGUACUGCAGAAGCCGAGGUAUUGGAAUCCUGGACUCUCUUCUUCUCCUGCCCUUAAAUACCUCCUGAGAAACUUUUCUCUAUGGUCAAUGAAGAAAGAACCGGACCUUGAAUCAGCUCUAUCUCGUAACCGUCGAUGGAUUGUCAAUAACCAAAUCAAGAAUAUCGUCCUUCAAUACCCCAAUCAGGCAGCACCUGUAAAAUUCCUUCAAAAGAGGUUUAAAACCCUCGACCUUCAAGGUAAAGCCCUUAACUGGCUGAAAAAAUAUCCUUGCUGCUUUGAAGUUUAUCUCGAUAAUGAUGAGUACUACUUUCGGCUGACAAAGAGGAUGAUGGCUUUGGUUGAAGAGGAAGCAGCUAUCAAAGAUAUGCAGGAGCCCGUUUUUGUCGAGCGAUUAGCAAAGUUGCUGAUGAUGGCUUCGAAUAAGAGACUAAACGUCGUAAAGCUUAGUGAAUUGAGGCGGAAUUUCGGGCUUCCAGACGACUACUUGAUAAGAAUCGUUCCCAAAUAUUCAGAUAUGUUUCGAAUUGUUAACUAUACUGGAAAAAGAAACUCAAUGGAAAUUGAACUGGUGUCUUGGAAACCAGAGCUAGCAAUUUCCAGCAUAGAAUCUUCAGCUUCCAGGCAUGGGGUUGAGCCAGCUUUCUCAUGCUCGUUGCCAACAACUUGGAUAAAUUCAUGGGAGAAGUUUCAUGAGUUUAACGCCUCCCCAUAUGUUUCGCCAUACGUAAACCCCAGAGAGUUGGUGCAAGGUUCGAAGGAGAUGGAAAAGAGAACAGUGGGAUUGAUUCACGAGAUUCUGUCAUUGACGUUGUGGAAGAAAGCAUCGAUUAUGAAGCUGAGCCAUUUCAGCCGGGAAUUCGGUGUGCCAGCGAAACUGAACGGGUUGUUGCUUAAGCACCCUGGCAUAUUCUAUAUCUCAAACAAGUAUCAGAUCUACACAGUCGUCCUUAGAGAAGGAUACAAAGGAUCAGAACUAAUAGAGAAAGAUCCAUUAGUGGUUGCAAAAGAGAAGUUUGGAGAAGUGAUGCAGGAGGGACUUCAUGAGUAUAACAAGAGACACCACUUAAUGAAUAUAGAGAAGAAGAGGAUGAAGGGCAUGCUUUUGGGCAGAUCAGAGAAGAAGAAGAGCAAAGACUUUGAAGAAAAGACUGAUGAUGGUGAUGAAGGAAACAAUCUAGGAGGUUUACUUAAGCCAGAGGAAAGGAAAAGAUUUUAUCAGUGUCUCUUUGAUGAUGCUGCUGCAUAACUUUAUGGUAAGUUAUAGAAUAGAUUGGCUAGAGUUACUUUUGCCUUUAAAUUGGAAAGUAAUAACUUGAAAGAUUAUGAAUUGUAAAGCUUGUGAAAUUCAUCUGGAUUUUCAUAUUCAACCAAACGAUUUGUAGAUUUCAAAAAA